AUGAGCCAUCGCCAGCUUUCGCUCCUGGCCCUCUCCCUCGCCGCCGCCACCUCCGCCCUCGACUCCCACUCUGCCGGCUCCUUCGAGAAUGGCGGCAACACCCAAGUCAGCGCCAUGAUGAUGUUCUUGGGCAACCUCGACAAGGUCUACAUCCUCGACAAGUCCGAGGCCAACUCCGCCACCUUCAAUGGCUACCCCGCCAUGGGCUCCGUCUACGACAUUGCCACCCGCACCGCGACCACGAUGGGCGUCACCACCAACGUUUUCUGCGCCUCCGGCCUCCACCUCCCCAACGGUUCCUUCGUCACCUUCGGUGGCAACGGCGCCGUCGGUCCUGGCGGCAACAUCGGCGACACCACCCCCCCGGGCAACCCGUACACCGCCACGUUCGACACCAAGUUCGGUGACUACGACGGCACCAAGGCUAUCCGUAUCCUCAAGCCUUGCACAUCUUCUGAUGACUUUACGUCCCCCGACUGCCAGUGGUUCGACAAUGCCACUCAGCUUUCCAUGCAGGGCCAGCGCUGGUACUCUACUGCCGAGGCUCGCGGGGACGGUUCCAUCGCCAUCAUCGGUGGUUUCACCAACGGUGGUUACAUCAACCGCAACACCCCCAACACCGAUCCCGCCUACGAGGGUGGUGCCGCCAACCCGACCUACGAGUUCUUCCCCGCCAAGGGCGAGGCUCAGGUGAUGCAGUUCAUGAUUAAGACCUCCGGUCUCAACGCCUACCCCCACACCUACCUCAUGCCCUCCGGCAAGAUGCUCGUCCAGGCCAACUACUCCACCAUGCUUUGGGACCCCGACACCAACACUGAGACCGACCUACCUGACAUGCCCGACCAGAUCGUCCGUGUCUACCCCGCCUCCGGUGCCACCGCCAUGCUUCCCCUCACUCCGGAGAACAACUGGACCCCCACCGUCAUCUUCUGCGGUGGUGUGCUCAUGACCGACGAGCAGUGGGGCAACUACUCCUGGCCCUGGGCCGACACCUGGACCAUCCCCGCGUCCAAUAAGUGCCACACCAUCACCCCUGAGCCCACCGACGGUUCCACUGUCGACUACGUCGAGGUUGACCCCAUGCUCGAGACCCGCACCAUGGGCCAGUUCAUCGCUCUCCCCGAUCUCACCAUGCUCGUCGUCAACGGUGGCGAGAACGGUACCGCCGGCUACUCGACCCGUACUCUCAACACCCUCCAGAUGCCAUUCGGCCAGUCGCUUUCUUCUGGCCCCGCCGGCACUCCUGCGAUCUUCAACCCCCGCGCCGCCGCCGGCAAGCAGUGGACCAACGCUGGCUUCGACACUUCGUCAAUCGCCCGUCUCUACCACUCGUCUGCUAUCCUCCUUCCGGACGGGUCGGUCCUGAUCGCCGGUUCGAACCCUAACGUCGACGUCAACACCACCACCGUCUUCCCCACCACGUACGAGGCGGAGAUCUUCUACCCCAGCUACUUCUCGGCCUCGAACCGUCCGACGUUCACCGGUGCUCCCUCGACGCUCACUUACGGCGGCAAGUACUUCGACCUCACCGUCCCUGCCUCUGCGUACUCUGGCUCUGCGAACGACGCGGCGGACAACACGUCCGUUGUCCUCGUCCGUGGCGGCUGGACCACUCACGCGAUGAACAUGGGCCAGCGUGUCAUGCAGCUCAACAACACCUACACGGUCAACAGCGACGGCUCGAUCACCCUCCACGUCUCGCAGCUCCCGCCCAACCCGAACCUGUUCCAGCCCGGGCCGACGCUGAUGUUCGUCACUAUGUCCGGCAUCCCGUCCAACGCUACCUGGGUCACCGUCGGCUCAGGCAACAUCGAGACGCAGCCGACGUCGAACGCGGUCGUGCUCCCGUCCUCGGUCCGCCUCGACGGCGCGAAAGGCAACGGGUCCAACACGACGACCACGGGCAACAACAAGAGCGACGCGUCGCACACGGGCGUCCUGGUCGGGGGGAUUAUCGCGGCGAUUGCGGCCGUUGGCAUUCUCGGUGCGAGUUUCGGAAUCUGUGCGGCGCGGCGGAGGCGCGAGGUCGCGCGGCAGGCGUCGGAGCGCUCGUACCCGAUGAGCACGGCGUCUGGGGGCGCGGCCGGCGUGACCGGCGCACGCGCGGGCGGGCCUGGGUUCAGAGGUUCUGACUCUAGCGCUUUCAUCCCGCUCUCACAGGGUAACGAAAGCCACGCGUGGGCGCCGAACGCGAGCCAGCUCAGCCUGCAGACGCCAUCGUCGCCGUACUUCGACGACAUGCGGACGCACAGCUCCGAGUUCGACCCGUACCACCAGAACGCGCCGAGGGUGAGCAACGCGAGCGCGCGACCGGGGAGGCUAUGA